AUCAAUGUACAUGAUAAUAAUGGUCAAAACAAAAUUAAGAGGCAGAUGAGAUCCCACUUUUGCACUAGUACUAGUACCCCCCACAUGUUGCCUUCUUUUUAUCCGAACAGAUAACUAAUUAAAAAAAAAACAACCACCGCAAUGGGGGGUUUGGUUGGCUGCUUUUGGAAUUCGCAUGCAACAAAGAUUCCUUGCUGCCUCCCUCAAAUUCCCAGAAUACCCUCUCCUCAUUCCAACAAUCUUAUUUAUGGUGUGCGCCAGCUGUAUACCUCGGAUGGUGCCCCUAACCUCCUGUUUGUGUGUUGGUUGGUUGGUGCACGCAGCACGCUUCUUUCUUUCUUUCUUUCUCUCUCUUUUGGACUUGGUGUUGAAGCAAUCAUCAUUACCGUCGGUUCAUUUGUAAUUGUGGGAGUUUCCAUUUCCAACCAAGUGGACUCCUAAAUGCGAGAUGACGUCCAUAAGCAAUCACAGGUGACGUCAUUAACUGGAUGGAGGGAUGAUGUUUUGUUAAUUGUUAUUGUUACUGGUAGUGGUGGGGUUGUUCUUGUUCUUGUUACUUUGGUUUCUCACCUUCUCUAGAACAUGGAACAUGAAACAUGAACAUGGGCACCACCUAAUUCUGGAUAACGAAAUCUUAACCACUCACUACAUGUUGUACAAUGUUACUCAAUUCUCGGGCCAAGAAAGAAGGGGAAUCUAAUUGUCAUCCAACUUUAUUGGAUCGUUAUAGGCCCAGUUUGUUCCUCUCUACUUCACGGACUUUGGAGGAUCAAUCUCAGAUUGGGCCUGCCUCUAUAGAUAAGAAAUCAGACAAUAAAAGCAAAAUGAAUGUACAUCAUAAGCAGAGUUGCUCGUCCUCAACCCACUUCUUUCUUUCCUUCUCCCUUAUCCUAGCUACUAGCCUCUGCUCCUCACCAUUUUCCCACCGUUGAGGUUUCCGGUUCCCUCCAUGGCGGGAAUCUCCGCUUUCAAAUGCCCCUGUUUCCGCCCACCCUCUUCCUCUCUCUCUUACGCUUCUAACCCCUUCCUUCUCCCCCACCUCAGUCUUUCAUCCCCCCGCCGUCCCACAUUUCCGAAAAUAUAUGCAAUUACAAGCAACGACAUAAAAGUGGGCCUCAACAUUGAAGUGGAUGGAAAUCCUUGGAAGGUUAUUGAGUUCCUCCAUGUGAAACCUGGGAAAGGGGCCGCUUUUGUAAGAACCACAUUGCGAAAUUAUGUGACUGGAAACCAAGUUGAGAAAACUUUCAGAGCUGGAAGUAAGAUAGAAGAGGCUGACAUAUUCAAAGAAACCAAGCAAUACACUUAUAAAGAUGGUUCCCAAUAUGUUUUCAUGGACUUGAGUACAUAUGAAGAAUUCCGCCUCAACGAGGCAGAUGUUGGAGAUAAAUCUAAGUGGUUAAAAGAAGGCAUGGACUGCAAUUUGCUAUUCUGGAAGGCGAAGGUCAUUGAUUUUGAACUUCCUAUCACAGUGAAGUUGAAAGUCGUGGAAGCUGAUCCUGGUGUAAAGGGUGACACAGCUCAAGGAGGAUCUAAGCCCGUUACUCUUGACACUGGUGCUGUGGUUAGUGUCCCAUUGUUCAUAGGUGUUGGUGAGGAAAUCUUGAUAGAUACUAGAACUGGGCAGUACAUGAGCCGUGCGUAGCUUACUUGUUAUCAAUUUUUGGUGCACUUGAUGGUUUGCAAAAUCCGGCAUUUAUUUUUUUCCAUUUGUGGAUUUGAGAACAGUCCAUCAGGUCCUGUAGUAAAUGGGUUUCAGCUACUCCUUCAUGCAAGAGAAGCAACCAUAAGAGAGAUAAUGCGUUCUUUUUUGUAAUGGAAGCAUCAUUUACAUCAUUGAGAA